AUGACGAGUUGCGAAUUGACGAUGCCAGCAACCGACGCUACUCUCUUCGGCGUCUCACUUCCCUCCACCGCCAGAUUACCCGACUUGGUUCUCCGGGUCUGGCCUUCUCUCGGUCUCCCGUCAAUGGUCUCCUUCAGGAUGAGGGCCACCAUGAACGAAACCGCCUCCUCCGGCGCGUGCACGGUACCCACGACGGAGAUGAGCUUCUACGAUCUGCUUGGGAUACCAGAGUCGGUGAGCUUGAGAGAUAUUAAGCUGGCUUACAAGCAGCUGGCGAGGAUGUACCACCCGGACGUCUCGUCGCCGGAUCCGGUCGAGGAGUACACCCAGAGGUUCAUUCGGGUCUAG